GCUCUGAGCGUGUAUAAUAACUUCGCACAUUGGGUUGGUUUGGCCCCGUAUCCAGCCUCGAGAGAGAUAUUAUCGGCCUUUCUUGCUUGGUUAGAGCUUUCGGGUAGGGCGGCAGAAAUGCAGGUCUGUUUGGCCGCAAUAGCUAGGGAGCAUAAGGUCAGAGGUUUCGAGGACCCGACGAAGGGUAGUUCGGUCCGGCUAGUUGUUGAGGGAAUUAAGAGAACUACCGCCCGUGAGGGAGUUGAA